AUGGACAAACCGAGCACUAUACACUUCUCUCCAUUCCUCACUGAUGGCACCGACACCGCCAACUCAAAAUCGGGCAUCAAAUCUAACGGCUUCCACAAGGAGCCGAUAGCCGGCCCAAACUGUGCCAAGUUGUCCCAAAAGACUACGAACGGCGUCAACAGGAACAGCAACAAAGAUGCUGCCGGGUUCCCACCAGUGUUAUCCACGCCAAUCGACUUGGAGAACACAAACAUCCUGGACACUAUCCUAGUCGGCCAAGUAGAGGCACCACACACAGGGACCAUCAAAAUCAUCCAGCUACGGCGGCCACAGACCAAGAACGCCCUCUCGCGACAGAUGGUGCGCGAGCUGGGCAGCGAGAUCGAGGAGAUCCAUCGACAGACAAAUGACAGCAGUGCCAGCAGCACGAGGGCGCUCAUCCUCGCCAGCGCUGUCGACAAUGUCUUUUGCAGCGGCGCAGACCUCAAGGAACGCGCCACCAUGUCCCUGCCCGAGACAAAGGCCUUCCUCUCCUCCCUGCGAAGCCUCCUGUACCGGCUGUCGACGCUGCCCGUUCCCACUGUCGCCUGCGUGUCGGGCGUGGCGCUUGGCGGCGGUUUCGAGCUCGCACUGGCGUGCCACCUCCGCGUCUUCGCGCGCAACGCCGCCGUCGGCCUGCCCGAAACGCGCCUCGCCAUCAUCCCCGGCGCCGGAGGCACCUACCGCCUGCCCCAGAUUGUCGGCACGUCGCGCGCCCUGGAUAUGAUUCUGACCGGGCGACGCGUCUACGCCGACGAGGCCCACACAAUGGGCUUGUGUAACCGUCUGGUACCGGCAGCAGACCGGGAAGCUGGCUCAAGUCUCGAGAGUGAGACCCAGCGGCUGGAGUCGCUAGACGCUGGCAUUGCCCUGGCAAACCAGGUCGCCGCGGGCGGGCCUGCUGCCGUGCGCGCUGCGCUUGGUGUCCUGCACGGAGCGCACGAUGCGCUGGAAAACGCGGCUUAUGAAGUUGUUCUUAGCACCCAAGACCGGAAUGAAGCUUUGCAAGCGUUCUUGGAGAAGCGUGGGCCCGUGUUUCAGGGGCGAUAA